AUGUAUCAGGACAUGGAUCGCUUCUUCCCUCAACAAUGCACACCAACGCCAUCCUUCAGCGAGUCGCCCGCUCCUGAUGUAUCAUCAAAGGGCGAGCGCAAGACCAAGGAGGAAAUUGACUCCGCCAAGGCGCGACUGUCGGAUACCAAAUUCGAGAUGAACCACUUUCCGGAUCCCCUACUUCCCAGAACGGGAACAGCAGCAAUUUUCAUGCCGAAGGGUGUUACGGCUGAGAUGGAAGCCCACUUACAGGGCGUGAUUGAUCGAAUUAAGGGCACUACUGCAAAGGUUUGA